AUGAAGGUCAUCACAGCCAAUUUCGUGACCUGCGCCGUCAAGGAGUGCAAGACCACCGCCACCUCAUUCCCUCUGCACUUCCACGACGCCGAACUCGAGCUUCAAGAAGUUGAUUUUCAACCCGAAUUCAUUCGCAACGUCAUUCCUCGGAUUGAUUGGGAGGGUCUGCGAACCACCGCAAAUGAGUUGGGAUUCCCCAGUCUCCCAGAAACCAAGCCCGAGGGCGACGCGCUCACCAACGAACAAACGCUGAAAGACCUGCAUCGCCUUUUGCUGGAGACUCAGGUUAUGGAGGGCAAGUUGGUUUGUGGAACGUGUGGGCAUGCAUAUGCGAUUAAGGAGGGUAUUGCCAAUUUCUUGCUUCCGAGUCACCUGGUCUGA